CACUGAGUCGUUUCCGUAAAAUCCGUCGAAUCCACGGUACCCUCGAUCGACACUUGACGCGACGUUCCUAAUUGGACUUAGAGCGGGUGAGGGCUCCUGGCCACGCUGCCUGCAAGGACCAACCCCAGGGGGUGGAAGGACACAGCGGUUAUAUAGGUCAAAUGCCGUCGGUGGAAAGGAAGCCUGAAACAAUUCCACCCCCGGUCACCUUUCCCCAUCAUGCUGUCCCUGGCGAUCCAGUCCUUGCUGUACGAGGCAGACGCCCAUGCGGCCAAUCCGGCCCUGCAGCGUCGCUCGUCCUCGUCGAGCACCCAGGGCGAGGCUGUUAUGAGCCCACUGCCGAGUUUGCAGACCAAGGGCUUGAUCGUUAUCUCGGCGCUGGCCACCGUCUCACUCAUUUGCACUCUUUCCUUGUUGACAUUCUUUACCUAUCGUUUUAUUUUCUGGAAACGGCACUACAAACGUUACAUCGGUUACAACCAAUAUGUCGUGCUCAUGUUCAACCUCAUUCUGGCUGACUUCAUCCAAAGUCUGGGCUUUAUCAUCAGUCUGCGAUGGAUCCAGACCAACUCGGUGACGGCCGCAGACCCUGCAUGCUUCUUGCAGGGCAUCUGGCUGCAGAUUGGUGAUCCCAUGAGUGGUCUGUUCGUGCUCGCCAUUGCUGCGCACACUUUCAUGCACGUCACCUUGGGCUACCAGAUCUCACACCGUCUUUUUGUUUCCAUCAUUUGUGGACUCUGGCUCUUUGGGGUCAUCACGACCGUCAUUCCGAUCGCAGCACACGGUCGAUACGUCUGGUAUCCGGCUGUAGCUUGGUGCUGGAUGACCCCCAAGUACGAGUCGAUGCGUCUGUGGACUCACUACUUUUGGAUUUUUGCCUCGGAGUUCUUCACCGUCGUCCUGUAUGCGAUCAUGUUCCUCCAACUGCGCAAGAGAAUCGCCGAGUCAGCUAUUCUGGGCGAGCACAACUCCGAAAGUCUGACCCGACUCAAGCGUGUCAUUUUCCACAUGGCGUUAUACCCCGUCGUGUAUAUCUGCCUUACCUUACCUCUUGCCGCAGGUCGAAUGGCUUCUGCCAGUGGUCACUCCCCCAGCGUUCUCUACUUCUGCUUUGCUGGAUCCUUCAUGACUCUGUGUGGCUUCUGUGAUUCCCUCAUGUACACACUGAGUCGCCGCAGCGUGGUGCUGGAGCCCGAAGCCAGGAUCCAUGGCAGCAGCAACAAAUACUCCAGCCGACCGAACAAAUCCUCGGUCGCACACCACUAUGGCAAUAGUAUCGAUGGCAAGGGGCCGACCAACACCACGAUUGCGCGCGGUCGCAGCGAUUCCACCGAGGAGAUGAUCGGCAAGGAUGGGUUGGAGCUGGCCCCGAUGGGAGUGGUGCUACAGCACACGACGAUCGAGGUAACUCAUGAGGCAGCCUAUGAUUCGGCAUCGAGCAAUCUGAGUGGCCAACGUGAGCGAAGCAGCAUCUACCAUUAGACUCCUAAGCUGCCCUGAUGAUUCUACACCUUCUUUAUUUUGAGAUUACCGGUCGAACACCGAACACCGGCUUAUAAGAUUUUAAUCAAGUCGCAUUGCCAAACUACUACACGACCAGUUGAGAAACUGUGUUCUCAU